GGUGCAGUGCAGCGUGACGGCGAAUAAAAAUCAUCAGCAGCCACCAGAAACCCUCAUUGACAAAGAAACUGCGAAUGAGGGUGGUGCAAAAUCCAGAGCCGUGACCCACAAAUGGAUUGGUGAUAAUUUGUGAAAAAGUGAUUGUGCAGACAUUGAAGUGACCAAAAUGACUGCAAUAGUUUUCUUGUUCGCUCUAAUUCUGGGACAUGCUGCUGCUGUGAUAGAAUUAAGCUGUAGUGAUAACGCUACGUGUAUCGACAAUUUGGCUAGAGAAGUAGUUAAGAAUUUGAAGCAACAGAAGUCGGUGAAAGUAUUCGAUAGCCUCACAAUAGAACCUUUGGGGAGGAGGCAAGCGAGGUCGAACGAAGGACCGUUGACAAAGUUUCUGAAGAAUCACGCCUUCAGUUACGAUUGGGGUGAUUUUACAUUCAGAGUGUCGAAACCUGAAGACAGAAGUGAUGUUUUAGAUUUGGAGCUCUUCGAAGUUAGAUCAGCUAAAGAUGUUUCGGAUAUCAAUUCGAAGAAAUCAACGAGCAAAAAUGUAGAAGAAAAAGAAAUCGAAAAAACGCCCAAAGGUAUCAACAGAAGAAAGCGAAGAGUGAAAAAGAAGGUGCUCCAAGCGGUACUCCCGAUGCUCUUCGGUAUGAAGUCAACAGCAGUGGUCCUGUUCCUACUGGCAGUGGUCACCGUGCUCACCCUUAAAGCAUUUGUUGCGAGCAAACUCGCUUUAGCCGUCACUGUGGGUAUGGCUGUGAAGAAGUUAUAUGAAUCUUACGCCAGCGGCGUCGGCUUAACAAACCCCUACCUCUAUUCCCAAUACCCGAUCGAUUUUCCAAGUGCCGCCUCUAACGCUUACUCUGUAAGUGGAGUCAAUCCCCAAUUCGGGUCUCCAGAGAUGUUCAGUCCAACUGCUCUGGGUACGCACCCACACCACGAACUGCUUCAGCAAGGAGACGCUAGUGCCCAGUCCUCUCAACAAGCACCAGCUCUUCUACUUAACACGACACGAGCGGCAGAAAGAUGGGAUGGCAUCCGGAAACGUCCAAUGUUCUAUGGAACCUCGCGCGCUACUUCAGGUUCCUCUUUGGCAUACCAGAAAUACCGCCACUGAGCUCCCCAUCCAUGGCCAUACCCAUGUACACCAUGUAUGGCCCAGAGAUGUAUCCACCCAUGCCUAACAUGGCCAUGCUCCCGGCCGAAACAUAAUUGGACAAUAUGGACAAUAAUUUGGAUCAAGUGGCGUAGUGUUAAAAUUAGCUAAAUGUCAGAUUGCCACGAAUACAUUUUGGUCCAAAUUUUAUUUUAUUUUUUCGUGGCGAUCUGACAUUUAGCGUUACGUUUUGUCGCAAUGUCUCAAUUGCUGGAUUAGUUUCAUAUUCAAUGUUCAAAUUUGUUUCCUUUUUAAUCUAAAGUCCCGGAGUUAAGACAUUGUGAUUAUUUAUGUUGCGAGAUUUCUCUUCCUUUCCAAAGACUGAGUUAAUUUAAGCGCGAGCCCGUCGACUUUAUUAAGUUAUUAAUUAAUUUAUUGUAUUGUUAUAAGACUUAUUUAUUUGGCACUUAGAAAAAUAAAACAGUAAUAUAACA